AUGCAAUUUGGUCAUAAACUAAAUAAAAUCAAACAAUAUAUUGAUGCAAAGUAUAUUGGCACUGCUGAAGCAGCAUGGUGCCUUUUUGAUAAAGCUGUAAUUAAAAAAGGUGCUGACUAUAAUACUAUCUAUCCUACUAAAUUUCUUAAUAUACUUAAAUCUAAUAGAAUGCCACCUCUAAGACUUAACCUUAAGAUAGAUAUUAAUACAUUAAAAGAACAAUUUGAAAAAUUAGAAUCAAAAGUGCAAAUGUAUAAAAGAAGUAACCAAAUGAUCAGAUAUUAUUGA